AAGAAUGUAGGAACCUUCGAAAGAAGGAUUAAGCCGUUUGUUCCUACCAAGGGUGCUUGGCUGGCAUAUAAUUUAGGAUAGAAUAAUGGAAACUGAACAGAAAGAUCACUCCUACACGAACGGCGUGUGUGAUCAAAUCAACCCCGCCGAGUUCACUUAUAAAAUGAGUAAAAAAGAAGUUGAGGACUUUGUGAAAUUGAGGAUUUCAAAUAGUUAUCUCUUCUCUGGAAGAAAAAAUAGCUCAAAGUGGGCGUGGAGAGCUAUCCUGAAACAUAUGGGGUUACAUUUCAAGAUGACCCAUCGUCAAGCAUCAAAAAAAUGGGAUAACAUGAAGAAAAAAUAUAAGGAGUUGAAGUAUCCUCCAGAGGGUGUGAAAGUAUUUCCUGAAGUAUGGCCUUACUUUUCCCUGAUGGACGACGCCAUGGAGGAUCGGCUGCAGGGCAUGGCUCCCAUCCUCGAGGCUCUUCCCCACAGUAGCAACAAUAGUGACUUCUUACCUGCUUUGGUGCCCAAAAAGAGAAGGGUCUUAAGUGUGGAGGGCUCUUCUGUUACAUAUUUAGUUGCUAGUGAGCCAGAGAUUGAGGUUUCGCUAAACGGAAAUGAGGACGGGGAGGAUGAGGAGGAUGAGACGGUGCUGGAAAGAUGUGAGGAGGUAAACCGUGUCAUACCAAAGGUGGAGACGGGGAGUGAGCAGCAGAUGACUAAAAGGGAGCAGAUGCUGGAUCAAAAAGAGAUGGUGGUGCUGGACAGAGAGAUCAGCACUCUGGACCGAGAACGUGCUUUGCUGGAGAGGGAACAUGCCGUGAUGGAGAGGGAGAGGGCGGUGAUGGAGAGAGAAAAGGCGGUGCUGGAGAGGGAGAAGUCGAUGAUCGAAAAGGACAGAGAGGCUUUGCACAGGGAGCGCCUGGCUCUGGACAAAGAAAAAGCGAGAUGGGAGAGAGUGUCUGCGCAAAACGAAAGGACUGAGACGACCACAGAAAAAGACGGCAAUGUGAUGGACUCAGAUGCUGCAGACAGAAAAGAGAGAUUUCUUUAUUUGUUUGAAAAACUUGUAGAAAACUUUUAAUGAAAGUGGCACAACUCCAGUUUACUUAACCUUUACACUUGGUCAAAAAUGUAUUUUAAAAUAUAUAUUUAUAAUUAGCUUUUAAAUUCUUAUCCAAAUACAGAAAUCAAACCCCCAAAAGUUCUCAAUAAAAACAUUGAGCCUUCUCUAGAUUGGAGAGGUCUUCAGGACUUUAUUUACUUUUAUUCCAUUCAGAUUACACAAAGCAAGCUCAGCAUUAUUCUUAACCCCAUCCACAACCAAAAACAACCUCCUGUCCCAAAUCAAACGGUAGUUUUUAAUUUAUCAGCACUAGACUUUUUGGUGUUGGCU